AUUCCUAAUUUUAUUCAAUCUAGUAUAAAUUUAUUUUACGAUCAAUAAUUGCUAAACUUCUUGCAUUUUCAAUUAACACCAAAGAGAUAAAAAAGAAUGGCUCAUAGGGCAUCGGGUUAUUUGAUGAGAUCAAUGAUGCAACAAAAGACCAGAUCAUUCUCCACGGCUUCAUCUCCCACUCCCAAAUCUAAGUGGAUAAGGGCAGAUUUCGCGCCCAUAUACAUAGUAGCAGGAUUUGUGAUUAUAGCAGGAGGCAUAGCCUCUCACACAGGAUAUCAACAAUUGGUGCACAACCCUAAUGUUUACUUCAACAAGAAAAAGAGGGAAAUGAUCAAUGAAUUAGAAAAUCCAAUGCAAGCUGUUAAUCAUGGUGGUAGAUAUGUGGACAACUCUUUCUUAAGGAAGGUUGCUCAUGUCCAAGACAAAGGCAAAGAGACCGUUCCUAACCCUGUUAAUGGCAAUAUCUACACCAGAUCUAGGCAUGCAGAAACUUUGGAGUCGAUCAAGAGUUGAUGUUAUUGGAUGCUACAAGUAUUUGAUCAACCAUUUCUUAGAACAUCAUUUUGUUUGUAAAUAAUAUUAAAGAUAAGAAAAGGAACUAUAGUUUCUUUCUUUUCUUUCAAUUUUUUUUUCUUAUUAAAUAAACAUGUAGCUUUCACUUAGCUUUAUGUCUAUAACAUAAACUUUGAUGUUACGGAGUAAAUUAUUAGUAAUGACUUAUUAUGUGCUUGUCAAAAAAAGAAAAAAAAAAAAAGAAAAAGGGGACUUAUUAUGUGAAUUGUGAAGUUUAUGGGCUUUUUAAUUAUUUAACAGGCAAUGAUGGGCUAAGCCCAUUAAUUUAUUAAUGCUAGCAUGAUGGCCUAUGGGCUUACUUUUACGUCAAACUUACAUUUCUUAGUACUGUUGCAAUGCCGGAAAAUGUUAGUCCACUUUCC